UUGAACAGUGUAUCUCAAAUCUCUCCUGUCUACAAAACAAAAAAGCUGUGAAGACUGCCAACAUAAUGUACUGCGUUUAAUGUCUUUAACAUGUGAUCUUGCGUCUAUUUAUUUUAUUAUUUAUUUGUUUGUUUUUGCUUCAUUAUUUUCCAUUGAAUUACUCCUCUUCUAUUUAAAAAAAUAUAAUUAACUUCUAUUUAAUUUUUCUCUAAUUAAUUUAGUAAUUUCUCCUUCUUUGUAACGUGCAUUGUGUUGCUGUUUGAUAUAAAUAAAGGAAAGAAAAAAAAGGAAAAGUAUGAAAGAAGUUCAGUCCAGCAGGUGGCGGUAAAUGCAACGAAAAGGAUGCCAACUGCCAAUAAACACCAAAGAAGAAGAAGAAGAUUAGGGAGAAGAAAAAAAAACAACAUAUGAUGACGUCGUCAUAGAGCGCCGCACAAGCUAGCACCCAACUAGCACCGUUAGCUGAUGUUUGAAAGGAGCUUGUAGACAAGUUGACAGCUGAUGUUAGUGGAGGUUUGACCCCGUUAGAUGGUCCACCAGCUGCCCCGGUGCCCACCAGUUGUUAGCUUCAGUCUCUACCGGGGGUCGUCAUGGCGGCGGAGGAGGAUUUACCAGCACAGCUGCUGUCAGAGGAGGUGAAACACAGCCAUGGCGCCCUGGUGCCUGCUGACGGGGUGUGCUGGGUGUCGGUGCUGUCCUGUCUGCUGCUGGCCUGCUCUUAUGUCGGCAGUCUGUACGUGUGGAGGAGCGAGCUGCCCAGGGAUCACCCCGCCGUUAUAAAGAGGCGCUUCACCAGUGUGCUCAUCGUGUCGGGCCUGUCGCCUCUCUUCGUGUGGACAUGGAGAGAAUUCACAGGUGUCAGAACUGGCCCUCCCUUACUGGCUCUGAUGGGGAUCCGGUUUGAAGGUCUCAUUCCUGCCAUCCUACUUCCUCUGAUGCUCACCAUGGUCCUGUUUCUGGGCCCUCUCAUGCAGCUGGCUAUGGACUGUCCCUGGAGCUUCAUGGAUGGGAUCCGGGUGGCUUUGGACCCGUGGUUCUGGAUGCUGUGCUUCAGCGACAUGCGCUGGUUGAGGAAUCAGGUGGUGGCACCGUUAACAGAGGAGCUGGUUUUCAGGGCCUGCAUGCUGCCCAUGUUGGUGCCCUGUGCUGGUCCUGUCACUGCCAUCUUCACUUGUCCCCUCUUCUUUGGAGUGGCUCACUUCCACCAUGUGAUUGAGCUGCUGAGGUUCAGACAGGGAACACUGUCAGGGAUCUUCCUGUCUGCAGUUUUCCAGUUCUCCUACACAGCAGUGUUUGGGGCCUACACAGCCUUCAUCUUCAUCAGAACAGGUCACCUGAUAGGUCCAGUGCUCUGCCACUCCUUCUGUAACUACAUGGGAUUUCCUGCUAUCAGUACAGCGAUGGAGCACCCCCAUCGCCUCACUGUCCUCUCCUCCUACCUGAUGGGGGUCGUCCUCUUCCUCCUCUUCCUCUUCCCCUUCACUGACCCCUCAUACUACGGCCUCCCCACACCAGUGUGCACCCUCACCUCCUCCCCUAGCUCCCUCUGCCUCUCCUGAUCCCUGCCCCCCCACACACACACACUUCUCUGCUACAGUCAUGUCACCUUCCACUGAUGAAGCAGUUGAAGGUGUUUCGCCAAGUUAGAGUUCAGGUCAGGUCCAGGUUGGACCGACAGCGCCAUGUGGACUAAGUUGCCAUGGAGAGGUGAGGAAAUCUGUAGCCAUUGUCUGCGGUCUAUUGUCCGCUGAUAUGUCCAUGCAUUUACAUGACAUAUUUCAGUCAAUAAUCAGCUAAUGCUCUCAUACAGAGUGACUCAGCUGGAGUAGAUCUGGGUUCAUGUUGAUGGGAAUGGACCCAAGGCCGUCCGGUUCAGGGCAGGGCUUCCACCCUGAUACUGGUCUUAAUGUAGUUCUAACUAAGACGAACAGGUCCUGGUCAGACUGAUAGGUCUCAUCCAUUUGUGAUGAAGCAUCAUAAUGUACCUUUUUGGUGUACUCGAUUUCCACUCUGCGUGCUUCAUCUUUUAAAAGGAUAAUUCUGAUUUAUUACAACUAAGGUCUACUUUUUGCAAUUUUGGCAUCCAUUUCUAUCAGUUAUAGUAAAACUACUAAGUUAUUGUAGAGAUUUGGUAACAAAGUGGCAUCGCAAACAAUUCCAUCUGACAGGAUCCCAGGGCAUGGGACAUCAAACAACUUCCUUGUUUAACUUUGACACUAGUGAUGUCUUCAAGAGUGUCCGCAAAGCUUGAUGCCCUUUACAGUACACUGUGCUAAUAAUUUUUCCUGCAGGGACGCACAUCAAUGUGCUGAAAAGAAGCAAUUUUAUCUUACUGGCUCACAGCAUCGACACUUUCCAGCUACUCAGUCAGGCGAUGUAUUUGAUAUGGUUUUCCAAUUAGCCACGUCAUCCCAGAAACCGUCAAUUGCCAAUUUAUUUGUCCAGGUGUUCCACAAGCUCCCUUAGCUAUAUUUUUACCCGAAAAAAACGACAGUUGUUCAAACAUUCACCGACUCUGGUUUGGUUAAAAUAAAUCCUUUAUUCACUUGAUGUGAAAACUGGCUCUCCUGCUGUCUCUCUGCCGAUGCAUCUUUGUGCUAUUAGUAUGUAGACAGAGAGUUUCACUGAGUACUCUCACGUGGCCAGGCAUAUCUCCACCACAAACUGUAUACGAACAAUUUAUGAUUUCUGCACCACAUAGCUGCCCACCGAGCAGUAACUGACCCUGGUGUAACGAGCAGUAACUCAACCAGGUGUAACGAGCAGUAACUGACCCUGGUUUCAACCUUACGUUGCAUCCGAACCCUUCUUAAAAGACAGACCAUUAAUUUAGCAAAAUAAACGGACAGAAAUCCCCUACAUAAAAACAGCGAUGUAGUCAGCCAAUCACCCAACCCUAUUGGCUACCAUACCUUGACUACCACAAUAUGGGGCUCUUUUUUUCAUCCUAAGAAAUGUCAAACAUUGGCUAAUAAAGUUAUUUUUUUUCAUAAGUUAAACAUUGAUUUUGCCAUUUGCCAAAUAUAUAUUUAGUAUUUGGUGGACUGUAGUUGUUAUAGACAUUUCAGGUGUUCUUGCUUUCGACCUUCGUCUCUCAACCAAAAGAAGUAAUGGCCGAAACUGUGAAAAUAAGACCAGAGUCAUUGAGUUUUGCUGCCUGUUUGGUCUCGACAAAAAACCCAUAAGGAUUUGGAAUUAAAAUUGGGUGGUAUUGGUAGAUUCAGUUAAAUCUAAAAGAAGCAGGUGUAGAAGUGGUUUGGGCCAAACAAACCUCUAAAUCGUUCUAAUGAAGCAGAAUUAUCCUUUAAUGUGUAUGAGCAUCUCCUGAGUGAGACAUGGAAAUCCUUGACGUGCGUUGUUGGAAAACCUGUGUUUCCGGGGAAGACCAUGAGUCACGACCCUGAAAGUUGUUGGCAUGUUUGCCUUUCCUGGUUGGGAUUUCGCUCUUUAUGAUUGUUCAAUGACAAAAAGCCUCACACUGGAGUACAAGCACGUUGGUGUGACAUGAAAAAGGAAUUGUACACCAGGAAUGCAGUUGUUUUUAAUGUUCUGGGCUUGUUUUUAACAUUGUCAUUUCAGCAGGAUUUCGUCUUUGUUUGAAAUCAGACACCUGUUGUUGUAGAGAAACGAUUUGUACGAUAUAUUAAUGGUUAUUUAUUUACCUUUGCAUGUUUCAGUGCUGGUAGUUGUUGUUUUUUGGUGAAAGUGGGUGAUGGGAUAGCUUAGGGGGGGUUCUUUGUUCAUAAGGACUGAGACAUACUCUGUGAAACUGCUCAAACUCAAAUAAGAAACCGGUUGUACAUAAUUGUAAGGAUGAGGUGUACUCUUAUAUCCUUGGAUAAAACCUCAACUGUGUGUUCCAGGCACUGUUCAGACUGGGCUACCAUGACAGUUGUAAAAACUUGAUCACUGCACAUUUGGUUUGGUUAGUUUAACCCUUGUUAGUCCUCAAAAUGCAAAAAGGACCCCAUGACACAUGACUGUUUUUAGGACAUGUAGAAAAAAUUAUUUCCAACUUUUUUCACCUUUUAAGGCAACUCAUGACCAAAAAAUGUAUAUUUCAUUUUCAUAUUUUUUUUCAUUAUUAUUGGUCAAUUUUAGACAAAUUUUUGUCCUUGACGCAUCAGGACACAUCUGCGUUUACACUACAAAAUCUAUGUGGUCAAAUGUGUUCUUGCCCACCUUGGCUAGUUGUUUGAGUGAUCUGAUCACAAUGCAUUUGGAUCCUGUUUACACUUGUGAUACGAUUGGCCAAGACGCAUUUUAAAACCAAGUGUAAUCGGGGUCUCUGGAACUGGUUUCUGAAUUUGAGUCUGUGCAACCCGAAACUUCCGAGUUUGUUUCCUUACAUAGAGUAUGUUCUGGUCUUUCAGCUCAAGAUUAUUAAUCAUCAAACUCCAGCUUUUACUUUGAGCUCCUAAAAUGGCUUGUCAGCUCUUGUUUCCAUGUGAUGCUUACUAAUGGUUUUUAACAUUCUGAGCAUCCUGCCUACAGGAGCUUACAAUCUCCAAACCAGUGGCUAUUAAAAUGUGGUUCUAUGAUUUAUUAGGCUGUCUCUUACAAACUAAAUCUUUAGAUGGAGAAGGUGUGGUCAUGCCUGCUGCUCCUGUUCUCUGUUGUCAGUGCUAUAUUCCCUUUUAACUGAAGGAAGCCUAAGACUGACCCUCAGGUCCCCCAGAGCAUGCUGCUGCUUUUACUUCCACAAUACAGAGCCAGAAAAGGCUAUUGUGGCAACACUUGUACACAAAUUUACUACAAUUAAAUUAAUGAAUUAAGAAGAUAAACACACCUGUUGAAAUUGGCCACAGGCAAAGACCCCCUUAAAGGGAAACAAAUGUCUUCAUAACGCAGAUUUAAUAGUUUUAAUCAGUUCUGAUAAGUUAGAACUGAGUGCGAUCACAAAGGUUCUAAGUCAAUUCACAGUUUAUUGUUUUCCCCCAUUUGCCUUAAAGGUUCCCUGUGAAGUUUCUGAACACUAGUAGCACAAUGCAGCCAUGUCUUUGUGUGUCCCAGACACACACACACACACACACACACGCAGGCUGAUUGAUUCAUAUCGAAUUAAAUUUCAUUGACAGUUGAUGGCUGCAAAGCACCAACAUGGGAAGAAAGGAAAAAAUAGCUAGCUAGUAAAUAUGGAUGCAAACAAUCAUUUCAAAUCAAUCAUUUUCAUCCAUGUUUUCUUGCACAUUUACAUUUUGUGCAUAAAAGACCUGAGUGGGGACGCCUGUUUUAACCCUUUGAUGUACAACAUAUUGACACGCCUUCUAAUGCAAAACAUGGGUCAAAAAAUUACCCGCUUUCAUUCCCCAUGUUAUUUAAUGCUGCUGUGUGUUUCUGUGCUCUAUCUUUUGAUUUCAACUUAUUUAAUGAUUGAAUAUUCCAAGUAUUUUUAAAUAUCUUGUUUUCUAUAACAACAGAUCAUUAUUUCCAUUUUGCUUCUCAUAGUUUAUGAAGAAAAAAAGUUUUUGUAUUAUUACAUAGCUAACUACUUGGCUAAGUAGCUCGUUAAACUAACUACUUAGCCAAUAAGUUAGCUAAGUAGUUAGCUUAGCAAGCUACUUAGCUAAAAAAAUGGAUAUGGGUCAUUUCUCCCCCAUGUUGUGCAUUAGAAGGGAAGUGACACAAAAGGGAUUUUAUUCAAAAAUUAAUAAAGGAAAACAAAAAUUAUGAUGUAUGAUGAUCAAACACAAGCUAAUUGAGGAAAACCUGGAAUACUGCAUGAUGAAAAUAAUUUAUUGCAAAGAUGUAGAACAUAAAAACUCUGUCAGAUCACUUUAGACCCAUGUUGUGCAUCAAUGGGUUAAAAAACAUGCAAGAAAAGCUUUUAUUCUUGGCUGCGAUUUAAUAGUUUGUAGGAAACAAGGAAUGUAAAUUUCACAGGGCACCUUCAACGCAGACAACAGCAAUUCAUGUUUUUUUGUGCAGCUCUGCUUCACCAGUCAGACCUCAGCAACAGCUUGUUUUUUACAUGUCAUUCAGCUGGAACUAAUGGCCAAAACUAACAAAAUGAGACUCGAUACUUACUUUUAUUUAUGACCUACAUUUAUUUUCACUGUUAUAGUUGUGUGCACAAAACUUCUGUGCAAUCUUGUAAUAUUUUCGUUCUGUAGAGGAUAUUGAGGUGCAUCACCUACUUUUUUUAAAAUGUUGUGUUCAUAGGGUGAUUAGCACAACCAGCCAGUGUCCUCGCUAUGAAACGACUGAACUGUAAAACUAGAAGCAGACUGAUUAACUUCAACAAAUGCAGUGAGGGGUUAUUUGUAGCUCACAUUGUUUGAGGUGUUGACAGAAUGACAAAAUGGCAGAAACAGUCUAUUAGCUGUACUCAUACUGUGAAGAAAAGUGGACUGCUUGGGUCUUCAGCAAUAAAUCCUACAUGUUGGAUCCACUUUAUGUGACUAAGCAAGUAUAGUGCACAUUCUCUUUAGGAAACAUGGCCGUAUAUGUAUAUUAAUCGUUCUUGGCAGGUAAUUCUAUACGUUUACAAAGCAUUGGCAGGUAGAGAAGUGUUGUGACGUAAAGUUGCCAGCAGAGGGCGUCAGAGCACUUUGUGAGAGGCAGAGCUGCUGCGGCUUCGCUGAGGGGACUCUCCAUUCUGUUGAUCAGCCUGUCUGACAUUAGUCAUCCAUCACUGGAAAACCAAUUCACUCUAACUCAUUUUUACUUUAGCGUCUACACAAUUAUGCCCCGAUUCAGGAGAUUGAUGCAGAGAGGAGGACCCCUGUGGUGAGACUCUCACUGAUGCUGGAUCCCUGCUCAAAAGUGUCUUCUGCCUCCCACAUUGUGUUCCUUUGCUUUCCUGUAGAUUUGUUUUCUUAUCUCACAACCAUGCUUUACAAAUAAGCUAGACAACAGUAGUCCAUGAAUUGUAUGCACAUAUUAAUGGAUGAUCUCAAAGAGCUGGAUAUCCAGUCUGGGUUUUACUGGAGUUUUUUUUUGUGGUAAAAAAUACAUUUUUGUAGUGGGUUUUAAUAAGUCAAAUAAAUCUGGGUUUAGUACAGUUUGUGAAGUUUUCAAAGUAUUGGGUUUAAUUAAAUCUGACUUUACAGAAAGAUGAUAUGAUUAAAACCUAUUUAGUUCAAACCUACCUAAAGCCACUAUGUGUACAUUUUAAAAUGCAUGUAAAUAUAGCCUCUGAAAUUAUUUUUAUGCCACAUGUGUUUGUAGAAAUAUGAGCCAAUUUCAGUAAAAACUGCUUUCAUACUUCAGCCUCUAGUUUCCUGGCGAUAACCUAACAAUGAUGCUUUGGUAGUUUGUUUUUCAAAACUUGAACAAAGCCCUUUUGUUGCUUUUAGUCUUUCAUUCAGGUUUUCUGUAGUUUCUGCUGACACUCGUUUGGGAUGUUAUCAGCCAAUAAAUCAGAGUCAGAUUUUCCUUUAUUGUCAUUGCAUUGCGUAACAAGUACUAGGACAAUGAAAUUGGCCAUCAACCCGUCCAAACGUAUACUUAAAACACACAUACAAUAUGACAGAGAUGAAAGAAAAGAAGUACAGCACAACGCCAUUGUCAGUUUAUAUCAGGAGCAUAAAUCUGAGAUGGUAUGGCCCUACGCUACCCACUAAUUGGCUCAGAAAGCUAUUUAUCUAUUUGGAAGCUGGACCACUACAGGAAGGCUUAAAAUUGUAAAGCCUCUAGUGGCUGAAGUCAUGAUGAAAGGAGCAAAAUAGGAAGUCCUGUGUCGUAGCAUAAAGAGUGAUAAAGUCUGCAUAAGGAGGAGGUCAGGGUUGGAUGGAUGGGUCAAACAAACACAGGACUUUAUCACUGGAGACAGCUCUCUCUGUCCUGCAUGGACCAAAAAGUCAACACGUUAUUUUAACUGAUGUGAGUAAGUUAACCUGUGUAUUGUGCUACACAUACUUGCAUCUACGCACCUGUACCUACCUGUUACAACUUGUGUCCACAACUUAAGUUACGUAAAGAACAAACGUAAUGUCAACUUACAAUGUUUAUUACAUGUUUCAGUGGUUUCACAACAUGAAUAUGUGGGUACGUACAGUUUGCCCUGUCUAGGUAUAAUAAUGGUAAUGACAACAACUGAAAAAGGCCAUUUGUUGGGCUGAUAACGUUCAAAACAUGUGAAUGCAGUUCUGUCUGCUUCUAUAGCCGUAUUUCCACUAAGAGGGAAGAGUGGCCACCGGGAAAGUCUCAGGCCACACCCUCUCAAAUGUCCACUCACUCUGCGUGUCUCCAUUACAAAAAGCCCGAGAGGGAUUUAGAGACUCUGGAGGUGGCGUAUGGUUUUCGAUCAUCGCAACGGAUUAAACACGGGAGACUCAACUGUGGCCACCAUCCCUAACUGUGCACAACGUCAGCAGCUGAUCGUAAAGAAAGCAGCAUGGCUAAUUAUGCAGUCAUUAAGUCUUCGCUGAUCAUUAACACAGUGAUCGUGAAUUAACCGUCAUCGAUAACUGUGCACAGGUGCUUGUUGUAAACAAACAGAGAUCGCUAAGUGAGAUAACUGUUAGCCUAUUCGCAAUUUGCAGACUGGACGCUAAGGGGUUACUUUGGGACCUGCCUCAUUCCGGGUAUUGGGCUGUAGUGGAAACACCCUUAUGUCUAAUUUGAUGCCGCCACUGGUGGGCGCCAAAUUUUGACCUUUUUUAAAUGCUAUACAUAGUGGCUUUAUUUUUUUAAAUAAAAAAUUAAAGUAAAAAUGACAAUUAUCAAAUAAACUUCAAAGAUCUUUUUAAAUUUAGAAAUCCCUUUUACUUUUAUUAUAUUCUUUACACGCUUCUCCCAAAUGAACUAAUCCACAUUUAUUUAUUUUUUCUGUUUAAGAGGUACAGCUCAAGGUUACCCCCUCUUGUUUAAUUACUCCAUGUGUUUUCAUGCAUUAUCCCACCACACAGCCCAGAAACUUUUCAAAGAUAUGAUUUCCUUUUGUCUGAUCUCAAUCUUUUCAGUUUCAUGUCACUGGCUUAACCCCAGACACAAUCAGGGCGAAACACUAGUUUUGCCUUUACUGCUGUAAAAAGAGACAAAGAGAAAGAAACAUUUCCUAUUUUUUCCAAACGGUGUCCUCAGCCAACAACAUGUCAGUAUCUGCUGUAGAAGAUGGUGAAGCUGUAUUAAUAUGCAGAGAACAACAUCUACAGAGACUGCAGAGUCUAUUUUUGCUAAGCUUUUAGCAGCUCCGUUAUUUUAAUACACAACACCCAGAGGAAGAAUAUUUCAAACGUGCAUUUUCAGAACUUGUGAAAAAUGAAUAGUGAUUCAGCUGGUGAACCCGAAUUCCACAGAUGUUUAUAUUGAGCACUAUCUUUUGUAAUCAAAUCUAUUUUGGUGACAGGAACAGAGUGUACAGAUAUACGUGCAUGUAUUUUAUGCUCACUGUGUCACACUUGUUGUACAAUUCAAGUUAGAGACGACAGAAUUGUUUUAGUACGACAAUCUUUUACAGAAACUUUCGAAUGACUCUGCAAAAUAUCUAUUUGUAAAUAAAUAAUGUUCUUUUCUA